AAGGGAGCGAGGCGUCUGUGCAGCACCUUGAUGCGGGUUCAGAACUGGAAAAAAAGAAGAAGAAGAAGAAGAAAAAAAACCCUCAAUUAUUCAGACGUAAAGCAUCGCGGAGAGGUGGCACUGGAGCUCAAGAUGCGCUAGUCGGCGCCUUAAGAGUAAAUUUUAGUACUUGUGUGUUGUAGUGUGCACUGAAGCCUCAACUCGUCGAACUUGAGGAGGAGCCCAAUCUCUGUAGGAUCUAUCGACCCCAUUGAGUCUCCAAAUCUCGGGUAAUAGAACUGAAAUGACGAAAGAGCGAGUUGAGAUACAACUACCGAGAAGCUCGGAAGGCGAAGAUGCGUUUCUGAUUUGUUUUCUUUGAGCAGCAGCGCCUCUGUGUGUAAAAUCCAAAUGCGCACCGCACGUUUGCAACAGCAGCUGAAAUCCAGCUAAGACGGUGCGGGGCAGAUUCACGAGAUCGCGUGAUCUAUUUUACACCUAAACCCCACCAAGUGCACUCUCUGAUCCGUGCAAGAUCUCACGGGAGGUAUUGCUUUCUGUAAGACCUGUGUGCGUCAUUAUCUCCUUGGCUUUAUGACCAAGCUUGGAAUGACUUUUCAUUUGCGUAAAACCAGUUUUACAACCAGGCAAACCCCUCCUCCCUCGCCCCAUCUCUUUUUGUUUAAGCCCACUCAAAUAUUCACUACACUAGCACUUAUUGAUCCGGCUUUAAAACCCAACUGAUUUUAACCUAACUCAUUCAGUCAGUUUUACAUUUUGGUAUUUUAAAAUUUUUUUAUUUUUAUUUUUUACUGUACAUUUGCAUUAGUGUCAGCGUCCUGCAAAGUCUGUAGUUCGUAAGGAAGUAGAGCCACUGUUGCGCGGAGGGAGGGAAGAUCUGUGCAGUCAAACAGAAGAAGCUGGAGAGGAAGAAAAGUAGGAAACCACCGCAGCCAAGCCCCGGAGUCUCAUUCAGCACCACUCGCUGGUGGACAGCGUCUGAGCGGCAGAGUUGACGGAGAAUCAGAAGGUCUUCUCAAACAUCUAAUCCGGAGAGAUACUUGCAGGCAUCAGAUUGUGUGUGUGUAGAGAGGGAGAGGGAAAGAGAGAGAGAGAGAGAGAAAAAAAUCGCAUUUCUCUUUCCACUUCCCACCUCUCUUUUUGUUGUUUUCCCUAUCGUAAUCUGUGGGGGUUCACGAUGCAACAUUCAAACAGCGGGGGAGUCCAGAGCUGCUGACUGGAACUGGCUGGCACAGACGCAGGAGGAAGAGGGGGAACCAAGCGGGAAAGGAGCACAGAUCGCAGAACUUCUUUCUUCUCUACUUUCAGCUCACUUCAGCCAAGAGGGCUGAAAGGAGCCCAAAGUGGACGCCACUGUGACAUUCUAUCAGCUUGGCACACCAAGAGGAAAGCCAAACAUAAUUGUGUGCUCCGGGAAAAACCAGAGAAGAGAAGCGAUCUUCCCAUCUUUGUUCUUGCCUUAUGAGAGCAGUCUCUGCGGACUCCGCUUCAGCACACUCUGCACUGUUUAGUUGCUCGCAUGUAUCCUCCACUCUCAGGUGCAAGCACGGACUAAAACACAAAGAGGGAAGAAAAGGAAGUAGAUAAACAGAGCGAAGCGGCAUAAUUAGAGCUACUGACUUUGUGUCAGAGCAAGAAACCAUGAGGAGAGACUUUUGAAGACAACUGCACCCUGAAAAGCAUUGCAGCUAACCUACAGGACAUUUUUAUGUGUGUGGGGGGUGUAUGUAUGAACGCCUCUGUCACUUUCAAAGGAAUUGAAUUUGUAUUUGAAUGCAGAUUUAGCCUUUCAUUAUGACUCUACAAGGAGGCUUGGAGACACUGUGGGGCGGUUGCCACAGAAAGGUUCUCCGCUGGCUCUUGCUUCUGUGUUGUUGUCGUUUGAUCACCUCAGCAGCUAAGCCCAAAACGCCAGGCCACACACACCUCAACUCAAUACGCAUCGACGGAGACAUAUCUCUGGGUGGACUUUUCCCUGUCCAUGCAAGAGGGAAUGACGGCAAAGCCUGCGGCGAGCUAAAGAAGGAGAAAGGGAUCCAUAGGCUGGAGGCCAUGUUGUUUGCCCUGGAUCGUAUUAAUAACGACAACGAGCUGCUGCCUAAUAUCACUCUGGGGGCCCGCAUCCUGGACACGUGCUCUCGGGACACCCAUGCACUGGAACAGUCGCUGACAUUUGUCCAGGCAUUGAUUGAGAAGGACUCAACUGAUGUCAAGUGUCUCAGCGGAGGGCCACCCAUCAUCACUAAGCCCGAGAGAGUGGUUGGAGUGAUUGGUGCCUCCGCCAGCUCCGUGUCAAUCAUGGUAGCCAACAUUUUGCGGCUGUUUAAGAUCCCUCAAGUGAGUUAUGCUUCUACAGCCCCGGAACUGAGUGAUAACACACGCUACGACUUCUUCUCCCGUGUGGUGCCCCCAGACACCUACCAGGCUCAGGCUAUGGUUGACAUCGUCAAAGCCAUGCGCUGGAAUUAUGUCUCCACUGUAGCUUCAGAGGGAAACUAUGGAGAAAGUGGUGUUGAUGCAUUUAUUCAAAAAUCCAGAGAGGAUGGCGGAUUGUGUAUAUCCCAGUCAGUGAAAAUCCCACGUGAACCAAGAGUUGGAGAGUUCGACAAGAUCAUUCACCGGCUAAGUGAGAACCCCAACGCUCGAGUGGUUAUUAUCUUUGCCAACGAGGACGACAUCAGGCGCCUACUUCAAGCAGCUAAAAGAGCCAAUCAAACAGGUCAUUUCAUCUGGGUAGGUUCCGACAGCUGGGGAUCCAAAGGUGCUCCUAUCCUGAACCAAGAGGAAAUGGCAGAAGGUGCUGUUACCAUCCUACCAAAACGACAGUCCAUUAAAGGUUUUGAUCGGUACUUCAUCAGCCGAACAUUGGAGAACAACAGACGGAAUAUCUGGUUUGCAGAGUUUUGGGAGAACAACUUCCAGUGCAAGCUUAGUCGACAUGCUGUGAAGAAAGGAUCUGGCAUCAAAAAGUGUACAAAUCACGAGCGGAUUGGAAAAGAUUCAUCCUACGAACAGGAGGGGAAGGUCCAAUUCGUUAUAGAUGCUGUAUAUGCCAUGGCUCAUGCUCUCCAUAAUAUGCACAAAGACCUCUGUCCUGGAAAAGUUGGCCUCUGCCCCAAAAUGGACAGCAUCAAUGGCACGCUACUUCUCAAGUAUAUCCGCAAUGUCAACUUUACAGGAAUUGCUGGCACCCCUGUGGUCUUCAAUGUGAAUGGAGACGCUCCUGGUCGCUAUGAAAUCUACCAAUACCAGAUCAGCAGCAACAACACAGGAUACAAGAUCAUUGGGCACUGGACAGAUCAGCUCCACCUCAAUACUGAUGAGAUGCAAUGGCCAGGUGCAACUCAAGAAGUCCCGUCCUCCAUCUGCAGCCAGCCCUGCCGCCCUGGGCAGCGCAAGAAGACAGUGAAGGGGAUCCCAUGUUGUUGGCACUGUGAGAGUUGUGAUGGGUAUCAGUAUCAGGCAGACACUUACACCUGCAAGAUGUGCCGAUUUGAUUUGCGGCCCAAUGAGAACCACACCGGAUGUGUUCCUAUUCCCAUUGUCAAGCUGGAGUGGAGCUCUCCUUGGGCAGUCAUUCCUGUCCUGAUCGCAUUGCUGGGCAUCAUAGCCACUUUGCUAGUGGUUGCUACGUUCGUUCGCUACAAUGACACGCCCAUUGUGAAGGCAUCAGGUCGAGAACUGAGCUAUGUCCUGUUGACGGGCAUCUUUUUGUGUUAUGCCACGACUUUCCUCAUGAUCUCCACCCCGGAUGUCUUUGUAUGCUCACUGCGCAGGAUUUUUCUUGGGCUGGGGAUGAGUAUAAGCUAUGCAGCGCUGCUAACCAAGACAAAUCGGAUCUACAGGAUUUUUGAGCAGGGCAAGAUGUCUGUCAGUGCUCCUCGAUUCAUCUCUCCAGCCUCUCAGUUAGUCAUCACGUUCAGCUUGAUAUCGGUGCAGCUUCUCGGGGUGUGCAUCUGGUUCGGGGUCGAUCCUUCACAAGCCAUCAUCGACUACGAGGACCAGCGUACAGCCAAUCCUGAAAUGUCCAGAGGCGUACUAAAGUGUGACAUAUCAGAUCUGUCUCUCAUCUGUCUGCUGGGCUAUAGCAUGCUUCUGAUGGUCACCUGCACAGUUUAUGCAAUCAAAACGAGAGGAGUUCCCGAGACAUUCAACGAGGCCAAGCCCAUUGGCUUCACCAUGUACACCACCUGCAUUGUUUGGCUGGCCUUCAUCCCCAUCUUUUUUGGAACUUCACAGUCAACAGAAAAGAUGUAUAUCCAGACAACAACUCUGACAAUCUCUGUCAGCCUCAGUGCAUCGGUUUCCCUGGGAAUGCUCUACAUGCCGAAGGUCUAUGUGGUUCUCUUUCAUCCAGAGCAGAAUGUGCCCAAGCGCAAGCGCAGCCUGAAGGCCGUGGUCACUGCAGCCACCAUGUCGAACAAGUUCAACCCCAAAGGAGGCCUGAGGCCAAAUGGAGAGGCCAAGUCUGAACUCUGUGAAAGUCUGGAAACACAAGACUGUAUUGAGGGAGGGGAGCCUGGUGAGGGACUUUAGACUCCCAGUGCUUGCCUCAAAGCAGACAUACAUAAGUUACAGCAAUCAUGCCAUCUAAGACGGAGACAAAUUCUGAGAGAGGAGCAAAGGCCUGCAGGGGGAGGAAUCACCUGUUUUUUAAGGGAUCACUGGAAUUUUGAUGGAGAACUUUGAUGCUGCUGCUGCAAAACAAAGGACUGGGAAAGAAUCAAGGAAAUUACUCACUCAAAAAAGGAUGCCAUAUUUUUCUAGGGAAUAAGGCUUGAAUGCCAGAUUAAUAUUAAACCAGUAUAUUGCAGAAAUGAGAUGGAAGACGUAAGAGAGCUUAAACAGAGAGGGAUUCUCCUUCUCCGGCUCUUUUUGAGACAUGAGAGAGCUGAUUAUUGAUGUUUUUGAAUCGCGCUGAGAAGAACACCUGGAGUUUGUAGUAUGUUUUUG